UAUGUUUUUGUCUGCGAAUUUGCGAAUCCCCCUUUGUCCCGUCUUCUUCCUUGAAGAAGCUUGAUUGAAACCCUAAACUUUUGUCUGUUCCUUCGAUUUUUCUGAUUCUGGGGGUUUGUGUUGGCAUUCAUUGAGUUCUUUCUGUUAUGCUGUGAGGCUUAUGAUCGGUGCUACCUAAAGCUGUUGGUUAACACAUUCACUCUGCUCAGACUAUGGCCCUUUAUGGUACGUUGCAGUUGUCCCAUGGUAUGGGACUUUGCAGAAACCAGGGGUGUUAUUAUAAGCCAGAAUAUAGUGUCAUGAGAAGGAGGCUGCAUAUAUCUAAGGGUCCUCUCUCAUUAGGCGUUCCAUUGGGCCAACAUGGUUUCAGCAAUGUUUUACUAUCGGAUUACCUUCGUAGGCCUAUUUGUUCAGUUCCAUUAAGAACCACCGCUUUUAGGUGUCAUUCCUUUUCUGUAGGUGGCAACGCAGUUGAACCUGCUGUUAAAGCUGUUACUGUGGUGCUAACAAAGUCACACGGGUUGAUACAACAAUUUCCUUUUGUUUAUAAGUUGGUUCCAGCUGUUGCUCUUCUUGUUUUCUCCCUGUGGGGUUUAGUGCCUUUUGUUCGUCAAGGAAGAAACCUAUUACUCAAUAAAAAUGAUAACGGUUGGAAGAAGAGUGGUACGUACCAUGUUAUGACUUCGUAUGUUCAACCUUUGCUACUAUGGUUAGGAGCUUUAUUCAUCUGCAGGGCAUUAGAUCCGGUUGUCCUUCCUACAGAAGCUAGCAAAAUUGUAAAAGAUCGACUUUUGAAUUUUGUGAGGUCACUGUCAACGGUUCUUGCAUUUGCUUACUGCAUCUCCAGUCUUAUCCAACAAACACAAAAGCUCUUCUCAGAAACAAGUAAUCCGAGCGAUACAAGAAAUAUGGGAUUUCAAUUUGCUGGGAAAGCAGUUUAUUCUGCUGUAUGGGUUGCUGCUGUAUCACUUUUCAUGGAGUUGCUGGGUUUCUCUACACAAAAAUGGCUCACUGCUGGAGGUCUCGGGACAGUUUUGAUUACUCUUGCUGGGCGAGAGAUUUUGACAAACUUUCUUUCAAGUGUUAUGAUUCAUGCAACCCGGCCAUUUGUUUUGAAUGAGUGGAUUCAAACGAAGAUAGAAGGUUAUGAAGUUUCUGGUACUGUGGAGCAUGUUGGUUGGUGGUCACCAACAAUCAUUAGAGGUGAAGACCGCGAGGCAAUCCACAUCCCAAACCAUAAGUUCACAGUCAAUGUCGUGAGAAACCUUACUCAGAAAACUCAUUGGCGUAUCAAAACUCACCUAGCAAUCAGUCACUUGGAUGUCAACAAAAUAAAUAAUAUUGUAGCUGACAUGCGGAAAGUAUUGGCCAAGAAUCCUAUGGUUGAGCAGCAGAGGUUACAUAGAAGGGUAUUCUUGGAGAAUGUCAUUCCAGAAAACCAGGCCCUCUCGAUACUGAUCUCUUGCUUUGUGAAGACAUCUCAUCACGAAGAAUACUUGGGUGUAAAGGAAGCUAUAUUGAUGGACCUUCUAAGAGUCAUAAGCCACCACCGAGCACGUCUAGCCACACCAAUUCGUACGAUCCGUAAAAUGUACACAGAUGCUGACUUGGAAAAUGCACCAUUUGGGGAAUCGAUGUAUGGACCUGGAGGUGUUGGUUCUCGGCGUCCGUUGAUGCUAAUAGAACCCUCUUACAAAAUUAAUGGAGAAGAAAAAUCAAAAUCUCAAAACCGUGCAUCAAAACCAACGGCAGAGCAAGAAAAUAAGGAUUCGGGUCCAAAGUCAAAAGAAACGUCUCCUCCUGACCUAAAGGAGAACGCAAAAGCUGUAGAAUUGCCUGUUUCGGAUACCAACAAAGUACCUGAUGAACCAGUAGCAAAGCCAGGAAUCAAAGCGGUCUCUAAACCGACGACUUCCCCCAAGGAUACAGAAACAUCAGGAGCCGAGAAAGCAAAGGCAAAGAGAAGUGGUAGCACAAUAAAGUCACCAAAGACCGAUGAAACAGAUGGUACAUCAUCAGCGUCUAGAUCAGCUUUGGAAGAGAAUAUAGUACUGGGUGUUGCACUAGAAGGCUCAAAGAGAACACUUCCAAUCGAAGAAGAGAUACAUUCUUCUUCCACGGAAACAGAUAGUAAAGAACUCACUGGGGCUCGCAGAUCUGGUGGGAAUGGACCAUUGGUGGUUGAUAAGGAACAUAAAGAUGGCAAAUCUCAACCAAGCUCGGGUGCUUCGAGCGAGCAGUGAGAUGAAUUCAAAGUGUUAGCUAUUUUUUUUAACACUCUUUGAUGUAAUACACGAUCGAAAUUAAUUGAUUUUUAAUGAUUUCCCUCCCACAAUUCUGGAAGUUGGGGGUUGAUGUUAUUUAUAUAAUUUAA